AUGGAAGCGGAAGGCGACAGAAGGGCCGCAAGCGACCCACCCGCGGGAGAUGCGGGAGCUCCCUGGACAGCUGUGGAAAUCAAGAGGGUGAAGCAAAAGCUCCGGGAGAUGAUGCAAAAUCCUCGAAAAGCCAUCUCAGAGGCGAGCAUCCUGAUCGACAAAGCGCAUCGCUAUGAACCGAAUCCUGCCAAGGUCGUGCGUCUUGCUUUCCAUGACUGCAUGAAGUACACGGAUGGUACUGGCGGCUGCGAUGGCUGUCUGGAUUGGUGGGGAGUCGGUCGUCGCUCGGAGCUCGCUGACGACGGCCACAACAACGGGCUUUACGUCGUCGCGGAGGCGCUCGAGCACAUCUACACCAGGACAGACUACCCGAGUGGAACUCCUGCCCUCGACGCCUCCCUGAGAAGCACCGGCAAGUCUCGAGCAGAUUUGUGGGCCCUCGCAGGUAUCGUGGCUCUGGAUGUCGCCAUGGAGCUGAACAACAAGGUUUGUGACGCCCCCAACAUGGGUGCUGAGGGUCAGUACCACCCCCGCUGGGGCCAUUCAGAUUGCAGGGUCGCGGCACCCCGGAAAAUCAUCUUCAAGACAGGCCGCCGAGAUUGUUCCGGGCAUCCCUUCGAGGAGGCUUUCGAGCCAGCUCUGGAGGGAGUCGAGCGGAGGUCCUACAUGACGAGCAAGCGUGAAGCUCACCCAGAUCCGCAUGGGGAUGGCUGGAAGACCUUGAGCUAUUUCAAGAGAGACUUUGACUUCAACGGACGAGAAGUCGUGGCAAUCAUGGGUGCCCACACCAUAGGAACUUUCCAGGCGGAAGUUUCCGGCUUCAAGUAUAACUGGAAGUUCUCCCACAGAAUCUUCAACAACGGCUACUACCGGCUCCUUACACUGAAGCGUGACUGGGCCCCGACCGGGGCCGUGGUGAAUGGCAAGAGGCUCAACUACAAAGACAUCAAUGGCGAGCAUCCUCCUGGUGUGUGGGUGGCCGAGUCAUGGCGCGAUUUGCCCAACGGCGGUCCAUUUCAAGUGGUCAAGAAGAAGGUUGCCUGCACUCCUUGCGAUGCCCCUCCUGACCACGCCUGGUGGGACAAGUAUUCAGUGUCUCGUUGGGGUAGGCCUGUCAUGAACCACACCUUCUGUUGCACAAACCUGCAGGAGGGGCACUUCUGCAACCCUGAAUGCGUGCAUGAGUUCGAUGAUGCAGGCAUUCAUGAGACUAUGCUACCCAGCGACAUCAGCCUGCACAGACAGCUUUUCCAAAACGGCGAUGGGGUGCCGCAAGGCUGCGGAAGGUGGGGCGGGAAUUUCAAGGGCCCCCUGAACUGCGGCGACAAGUACUUCACCGUGGGCGAGGUUGUCGAAGAGUUUGCAGACAACCAGACUUCCUGGCUGGCGGAGUUCUUCGACGCAUACGAGAAGAUGAUGUCCAAUGGCUAUGCUUCCGACGAGCUCACUGAUGUGCGGGCUGCGGCCCUCUAG